CAAUGACGCCUCAUCUCUUCCUGUUUGGCGCUCACUAAGAACAGUCAAUUGAAAGCGACGCCAGUGCACAACCAUCCAACGCUCAUCAUCCUUGCUCAUCCACCUCACGCCGACUUCCGUCCUCGACAGCCGCUCGCUUCUCAUGGCAGACAACGACUGGAGGACGCCAUUAUCGGCGUCAGAUCGAUAUGAAAACAUUCAGAGGAUAAAGUCUGUUUUGGAAGCAGCUAGUCCGGAUGCCAAAGCCACUUCACAGUCGGACGCAUUUGCUGUAGAAAAUCAGGCUUAUAAAGACUCGUCAUCCAGAGCUCAAUACGACGAAAUCUGUCAGCUAGUCGGCUCAGCCAAUUUGUCUCGCCCAGAAGCUUCGGCACCUGCUGAUAACCAACCUGAAGAUGCCGGCGUCACCAUUGGUUCUUACAAAAACUGCAUUCCAUUUGCAAGUGGCCUAACAUCAGAAGUCUACCGAUGCAAAGACCGAGCUCUCAAGGUCAUUGUGGAAACGCACAACAUUGAGCCUCACAAUCCGCAACGCGAGGCCAAGAUUCUAGCGACCUUGGAACGACCAUGCAUUCCCCUUUUGGAAACAUUCAGGGACCAAGAACAGAGAUUUGUUUUGGUGUUUCCUUACAAGCCCAUGACACUUGCCGACGUCAUUGACAAAGGAACCAUUCCAUUGCCUCAGGUUAGACGUCUCUUCAAGGACAUAUUCACUGCUCUUGUAGACAUUCACAGCCAAGGAAUCAUACACCGAGACGUCAAACCCGAGGCCAUCCUGCUCGACGGCCCGGAUGGGCCAGCAUACCUUUCUGAUUUUGGUACAGCCUGGCACCCAACCAUGUCCAUUGUCUCAGAGCCGGCCAAAUCCAAGAUUCUGGAUAUCGGAACUGGCCCCUACCGAGCGCCUGAAGCACUCUUUGGCGAUAAAGCCUACGGUCCUUCUGUCGAUAUGUGGGCGGCUGGGGUCAUGCUGGCCGAGUGCUGUCGCAGCCCCUCAAAGCUCUUGUUUGAAUCAAGGCCAGCCCACGAGGACGGUAACCAGCUGGGUCUGAUCUUGAGCAUUUUUAAAACCUUGGGCACGCCGACACGCGAGACCUGGCCCGAGGCCGCAAGCUUCAAGACGCCGCCCUUUGAGAUGUACCGCAUGUUUGACAGCCAACCGUGGACAGACAUUCUCCCCGAGGUUGAUCCCCAAGCUCGAGACUUGAUAUCGAGCCUGGUGCGCUUUGACUCCAAGAGGGCUACGUCUGAGCAGGCUUUACAGCACACAUUCAUGGUAGAUGCUGAAGAAGGCCAAGCAUAGAAGACCACCUAGUCUUCGAGGACAACGUGAUGAAGCGCAGGUGUAUUCGAAGAUGGGUCGGUUUUAGCCUUUGGGCCGUCGAAGAAAGAAGGGCCACAUUGUGCUGCAGGUAUAUACAAG